CGAGACGCAGCUGCUCAUCGACCGCAGUCAACAAUUUGGAGCAGGUCGUCGGCUGGGUGGUGAGGAGUUUACGGAGUAGAAUGGAGUAAACGAGCCUGGGCUGGGCUGGGCUGGCCGCAGUUGCGAGGGAGCGGGAAGACGGUCCGUGGGCACGUACGCCGUGGGUACGGUGCCGUAUACGACCGGGGAGCGUCGGGUGAGGAUCCUAGGGCUGGGGUUAGCGAGGCGGGCCAUGCAGUCGAGAGCUGAGCCCCGCUCGGGAAAGAAGGGGAGCACAAGCGACGAGGCGAGGAGAGCUCUGCGUCGAGAGAGAGGGAGGGGCGGAGUUUCGAGGCCGACACCGAAAGGAUCUUCGUCGCUGCUCGCAGAAGAUCGAGAGAUUGGAGGAACAGCGAUCUGACUGGAGCUCGGGGGAUCAUCGGGGGCAGGCCGUCGCGGCUCGCGAGUGAGUUCGGGCAACUUGGCCUCGCGCGAGGGCGAUAAAAGCGAGGCCGGACGAGAGAUUGAGAGUGCGCGGUCGGUCGGUCUUUCGGAGAGUUUGAAGGCAGGAAGAAGAAACGCAAGAGUCGAAGAGUGUAGCGUGCGGGUUUCGCUCUUCGCUUCGUUCUUUUUCCUUCUUGAUUUGAUUGAUUGUGUGCGCGGAUAGUCCGUCGGUCGGCCUCUCGUCGGACGAUCGUCUCGGUCGGUUGCCUCUUGCAGAGCGAAGCUCCGAGCUCAAUCCAGCGCCGAGAUGGCUGACGCUGCGGUAUCCAGGAUAGGUCUGGCCGGUUUGGCGGUCAUGGGCCAGAAUCUUGCUCUGAACAUUGCCGAGAAGGGGUUUCCCAUUUCCGUCUACAAUCGUUCGACGAAUAAGGUGGAUGACACCGUCGAGAGAGCCAAGGAUGAAGGAGAGUUGCCUCUUACCGGGUAUUACGAUCCUAAGGAAUUCGUCAUGUCGAUUCAAAAGCCUCGAUCCGUCAUUAUCCUGGUCAAGGCUGGUGCUCCCGUGGAUCAGACAAUUGCUACCCUGUCGAGCUACAUGGAACCCGGUGACUGCAUCAUCGAUGGAGGAAACGAGUGGUAUGAAAACACCGAGAGGAGAGCAGAGCAGGCCGCGGCCAAGGGUCUUCUCUACUUGGGAAUGGGUGUUUCCGGAGGUGAGGAAGGAGCUCGGCGAGGCCCAUCGUUGAUGCCCGGAGGCACGCCAGAGGCAUACAGUUACAUCGAAGAUGUCGUCGCUAAAGUCGCUGCUCAGGUAGAUGAUGGCCCUUGCGUAACCUACGUCGGACCCGGAGGAUCUGGCAACUUCGUGAAGAUGAUUCACAACGGAAUUGAGUACGGUGACAUGCAGCUCAUCUCCGAGGCUUAUGAUGUUCUCAAGACCGUCGGUGGGUUGACCAAUCAAGAGCUGCAGGAGACUUUUGAGGAGUGGAACAAGGGUGAACUCGACAGUUUCCUCAUCGAAAUUACGGCUGACAUUUUUUCGGUCAAGGAUGACAAGGGUGAGGGUGAAUUAGUAGACAAGAUUCUUGACAAGACCGGAAUGAAGGGUACAGGAAAGUGGACCGUGCAACAAGCAGCUGAACUUUCCGUCGCUGCGCCCACCAUUGCCGCUUCUUUGGACUCCCGAUUUUUGAGUGGACUGAAGGAAGAGCGCGUUGCUGCCGCCGAAAUUUUUGCCCAGUAUGGUUUGAGCGAUGUUAUUGCUGCCCAAAAUAUCGACAAGAAGCAGUUGGUCGAUGAUGUCCGCAAGGCGUUGUAUGCCUCCAAGAUCUGCAGUUAUGCGCAGGGAAUGAAUUUAAUCAAGGCCAAGAGUUUGGAAAAAGGAUGGAACUUGAAUCUUGGUGAGCUUGCACGAAUCUGGAAGGGAGGAUGUAUCAUCCGCGCCAGCUUUUUGGACCGCAUCAAGCAGGCCUACGACAGGAACGACAAGCUGGCCAGUUUGUUGGUGGAUCCCGAAUUCGCCAAAGAAAUGGUGUCGAGGCAAGCUGCUUGGAGACGCGUCGUCGGUCUGGCCAUCGAGGCAGGAAUCAGUACUCCCGGUAUGAGCACCAGUUUGGCAUAUUUUGACACCUACAGGCGCGGACGCUUGCCCGCGAACCUUGUCCAAGCUCAACGAGACUACUUCGGAGCUCACACCUACGAGCGCGUCGACAUGGACGGCGCGUACCACACCGACUGGUUCAAAAUCGCCAAGUCAACCAAGGCCGGUUUGAGAGUUCAUGUCUAAUGAACUUCGGAACAACCGUGUCGGUGGUUCAGUUGUCGCAUUUUUGUGAUUCAGGGCUGCCUUUUAACUCAGUAGAGAUGACUUUGAAGACUGGACUGGAACAGUCGCAGUUUUCACGGCUUACGCAGCCAGCAGAGCUUUCCCGGAUCACCAUUUACUUUAUCAAAAUAAUUCCCUAGUACCCUGCGAUGUUUGUAUCUAGGAUUGUGAGUGUCAUUAGAUGCACAUUUUAACUGAGGUAGGGUCCUUGGCAUGACAGUGCAUGCCAAAUCGAAUCCCAGGCCAUUCUUACUCUUCUGGUGGUCAAAUGAGGUGUCCAUAUAUUGUUUACUGUAUCGUUCUCAUGGUGUAGAGAGGCUUGCUCUCCAUCACAUUCAUCAAAUAUCAGGGUUGAAGAGCCUGCUGGCCUUUACCAAACGCGCCUUUGUCAUCGAUAC